AACUCCCUUUUCCUUUAUCGUUUUCCAUCUGCAAUUUCAAAUCUAGGGUUUUUCCUUUUCACACCCACAAAACACACCUUGCGAAAACACACACCCUUUUCAUCGUCGUACACAGGUUUGCAUCGUCUAAUUGCUUCUCUUUUUCUGCAUUCUUUCGAUUACAAAACCCUGUUUUUUUGGUCUAUGAUUUCUUCGUGUAGAGUAGACCUCGUAAAAAGCUUCAAUUCUUUUUGGGGCAAAAGUUGUGAUCUUUUUUAGUUUCUUGUACUUUUCUCUGUGUUCAAAAUCGAUUUCAGCCACUGUUGUUUCUUGACGAACCCAUGUAAAACCCUUGUUAAAAUUUCGUAAAAUUUUGGUGGGUUUCUCUUUAAAUUCUUUGAUCUCUUGUGUUUCGUGGUCAAUUUUGGGUUUUAGGGUUGAUUUUGUUGAGGGAAAUUAGUGUUUUUUGGUUGGAUUUUGGGGGUGGGUGAAAGAUUAGUGGGUAAAUGCAUGGAUGGAAGGGAAGGUAUGCCAUCGUUUUAUCUCAAUAGAGGGUUUCGUGGGUCGGGUUCAAAUGCCGGGUCGGGUAAUCAAGUUGGUGGGUUUCAUCUUCCACCACCUGGUUUCAAGACUCAAUCAAACCCUAACUUAGCCCCCCAUGGUCAUGGCAAUAUGGGGGUAGGGGUAGCCCCCCCAAUGGGUCUUCCAUUUCAUAUGGAACAUAACCCAUCUCCCAAUUUCCCUCAUGGCAUUAACAUGGGUGGUGGUGGGGGCGGUGGAAAUGGUGGUGGUGGCAAUGAUGAUGUUGGUGGAGGUGGAGGUGGUGGUGGUGGAAAUGAUGAUGUCAGUGGUGGUGGUGGAGUUUCUAUUCCUAACCCUGGAAGUGGGAGUGAGUCUGUUGUAAAGAAAAAAAGAGGAAGACCAAGAAAGUACGCCCCUGAUGGCUCCCAUAUGGCAUUGGGGCUAACGCCCGUAUCCCCGGGGGCGGGGAUGGGGACGGCAGCUUCGCAUGACCGAAGCUCACCGCCGCCACAAAAGAAGAGAGGUCGGCCUCGUGGUAGUGGACGGAAGCAACGCCUUGCAAACGUUGGUGAAUGGAUGCAUAAUUCCGCAGGAUCGGCCUUCACACCUCACAUCAUCCACAUAUCGGUUGGAGAGGAUGUUUCAGAAAAGAUACUUUCAUUUGCUCAACAAAGGCAACGAGCUUUGUGCAUUUUGUCGGGCAACGGUUCGGUUUCUGCCUUGACGUUACGUCAGUUUACGUCUACUGGUGGGACCGUGACGUAUGAGGGACGUUUCGAGAUACUAUGCUUAUCGGGCUCUUAUCUACUUGCGGAAAGUGGUAACCCCCGUAACCGAACCGGUAGUCUUAGUAUUUCCGCCUGUAAUGCGGAUGGUCAAGUCAUUGGCGGUGCGAUCGGCGGCAAACUUAUUGCAUCGAGCCUAGUACAGGUGGUGGUUUGUAGUUUUGUGUAUGGUGGCGGAGAUAAUUCCAAGGCAAAGACCGCGACAGAACCGGUCUCGGGAGACGAAAAGAGUCCCGGAGUUCAGCUCAACUAGAAGCCAUCUUUUACAAGCGGAAACUGAAGAAUUGUAUCAUACGAAGAACGUAUUGUAAAUGAAAUCGUGCAAGCCGCCUCUCCUUAUGCUGUAGAUUAUCGAUGGGCUUUGUGUUUUAACGUAUUUGUAAUCAACAUCUUUUUAUUGUUCGUUUAGCUGUAGAACUUUUUCUUUUGAUUCGUCUGUAAUCUUGAGAUGCACCAUUGCCCAUCUGUAGCUAGUGUCAUUUGAUGAACUGAGUUCAUAUCUUGGAUCUAAAAAUUCUCAUCUUUUAAGGCUGGAUUAAUGUUCAUUU